CGGCUCAUGUUCCCCGCUCUAGAUGCAUUCCGCACCGACGUCCGCCUACGCUACCUCGAGCAUCUCGCCGUGCACGUGCACAUCCCUUCCCGCGCAGCUCGCACACACGCCCGUAUUGUACUGUACGAAGAUCAUCGUCAGCUCUGGUGGCUCCGGUCAGCUUGUCGACACGCUCGACUGUGGGAGCGCGUACUGCAGGAGCUCCGCGCAGUAUGCCGCGGCCCAAAGCUGGAUGGGUGGCUUAGAUCAGUAAGCCUCGAAGUUUUGUGAUGGAGACGUGUGUUAAUGGACAUUUCCAGGCGGAUGUCUGCGCUGAAGUUGUGAAGACUCCCUAGUCCAGAGGACGCAAGCGACUGUUGCGUAAUCGUACAUCAGACACUGCUACGCCCUAUACACUACGAGCACCUCUAUAAUCUCGAUUGCACACAACCUGGGCUUCUCCACGCCAAUCCCUCACGACACAUCAUGGACCAUGCAUAACCUGUAAUAUAGUCACCGUAGCAUCCAACGAAUUAGACGUAUUAGAUACUUGAUGAGCAAGAUUCCGACUGAGCAACGGGAACAUGAGAUUUGAGUAUACAGAAAGAGAUCAUGAGACAGUGAAGCUCGACGA